AUGUCACUCUCCUCGUGGAGGAAAUUUCCCUUUUUUGAUUGUGUGCCGAUUCAGGACCCUAAUUACGGCUCGAAGGAAGGAAAAGCCCUCUACUCAGAUUCCUCGGUAAGUGCUAUCUGCUCUACUCCGAAAUACCUUGUUUUAGCAUCCAAAGAUGCCCUCAUCAAAUUCGCCGACUCCUCAUUUCAAUUGGUUAAUAGCUUCACCGCUUAUGAUCCACUUUGGACCAUUACAAAGAUGUGUUAUAUCGAUGCCGGGAGCAGUAAUGCCCAAAUGUUAUGCUCUAUAGCCGAGACACAAGGUCAGCCUCUCACUUUAAAACUCUGGAACAUCAACACCUUGCUCAAUUCCGAUAAAACGAAACCAAUUGAUUACAAUUCCGACUAUUUGACGCUGUGUAAGGUCACAAAUGGAGUAAAUAACUAUCCAAUGACAUGUUUUGCCAGUUCUGCUGACUUCUCCGUCUUGGCAUUUGGCUUUGCCAACGGUACUGUCAUCCUUGUCAGAGGGGAUUUACUACAUGACCGUGGUUCCAGACAAAGAAUUGUGUAUGAGAGUGAAGAACCAGUUACUGGCGUCCAUUUUAGAGAUGAUACGCUUCUCUAUGUGACUACGAUAUCCAAGAUUAUCACUGUUCCAACGUCUGGAAGGAACAAAGGAAAGCCUGAGAAAGUGCUAGAGGAACAGCAAGGUGCAGAUAUUAACUGUAGUGAUCUUUUAAUAAAGGGUGGUUUUAAAACGCUUGUUGUGGCCCGACAAGAAUCUCUCCAGUUCUAUAAUUCAAGAGGAAGAACCAACAAUUUUCUUCUGGAGGUGUCUAAGAAGAGAUUACAUGCUUUUGGAGAUCGAUAUCUUCUUUUGGUGACAUCAACAGAUGCAUUAUUUGAUGGUUCUUCCACUUUCUCCACGUAUAGCAUGAUGGUGGUGGAUACUGUUGGCAAGUUCUUGGCUUUUAGUCGGACCAUAGCGAGCACUGCCAUUGAGGUGUUUUCUUUAUGGAACGAUCUAUACGUGUUUACAUCUGAUGGUGUUUUGUACCGGUUACACGAGAAGCCUAUAUUGGAAAAACUCGAUAUCUUAGUCCAAAGAGAUCUUUUCCCUACCGCCCUUAAACUGGCGGGAGAAGGCGAGAUAGACGACACAGUAGUAAUGAAGAUCCAGCAGCAAUAUGGUGACUAUUUAUAUGCAAGGGAUGAGUACGCAGAAGCUAUGGAACAUUAUGUGCAAUGCGUCAACUUGGGGAAGACCAGUGAGGUUAUUCAAAAGUAUAAGGAGAGCUCUAAAAUUCCUUAUUUGACGAAGUAUUUGUGCAAGCUCAUAGAUUUGGGUAAAUCCACUUCCGACCACGUGACGCUACUUUUCUCCUCCUAUUGCAAGCUGAAGCAGGAUGAUAUGAUUCGUAGUUUUGUUGAGAAUACAGACGUCAAUGAGGACUUUGAAGUUAUCAAUCCACAUAGGAGCUUUGACAUGAUGGCAGUCAUCAAUCUAUGCCGUCAAAGUAAGUACUACCAAUUGGCGGCUUUCAUUGCCAAGAAGUUUAAUUUACCCUCUGUUGUUGUGGAUAUACAGCUGAACGAUUUAAAAAGUCCCAAGAACACCAUGAAAUACAUCAAGGGGCUUGCCAUUGAUGAUCUCUUGCGUGUACUAUUGUCUAAUGUGAAAAGUUUGCUAGAUAAACUUCCCAAUGACACCACACAGCUUCUCAUCGAGGUAUUCACUGGCCUCUAUAAGCCUGAUCCUUCUUUUGAUAUCGAUCAAGUUUCCAUCUAUUCAGCGGGCAAUUCGUCAUCUAAAAGUUCUGAAUCUCCUAUUCUAAACUCCUACAGGCAGUUUGUUGCAUUUAUGAAUUCUGGUUCUAAAGAGGAUGGUAGUAAUUCAACUUUGCUUUCCCAAGACAAGCCUCCUACCUAUCUUCCUCCUCGUCCCAAAAUUAUCUUUCAGCACUUUGUCAACCAUCCUAACGAGUUGGUCAUCUUCUUGGAAGCAUGUAUUGAAAGUUAUGAGAAGUUUGGAGGUAACGAGAAAGAUAAGAAGGAUAUUAUGACGGCUUUAUACGAGAUGUAUCUUACACUUGCAUUGGACAGUCAAUCCCCAGACGAAAAAGAUCAGUGGGAAUCAAAGGCCAAAGGCUUAUUGAAGACCAUCCAAAACGAAAACGGUUGGACAUUGGAGGAAAAAACUGGAUUAUUAUUACUUUCUUCUGUGUCUGAAUUCAAUGAGGGUGAAAUUCUGAUACGAGAGGCUGCAGAUGAAUCUUCUGAGGGAUUUGGAUUGGACCUUUUCCGCUCGGCGGUCAUGUCGGAACAUUACAAUCAGUCAUACAAUAUUAUAGAGAGGUUUGGAGAAAAGGAACCUGAUUUAUACAGACUUGGAUUGUCAAUAUAUACGUCUGACGAAGUGGUCUACAAAACUAUCGGUGAAGAGAGAAUUAUAACGUUGAUAAAGAAGCUCGAAAGUGCAAAGCUUAUGACUCCUCUUGAGCUAAUCAAACAACUCAGCCUUAACAGUAACGGCUUUGUCAAAUUGGGACUUGUAAAGCAGUAUCUUCUCAGCUACAUCAAACGCCAGAAGCUGGAAAUCAAUAACAAUGCCAAGUUGAUUGAGUUUUAUAAGAAAGAUUCCAAAAAAAUAGAAAAGGAUGUGGACAACUUGAUCCAUAAGAAUCAGACUGUCAACCAAACGAAGUGUGCCAGUUGUGGUCAACCGUUGAGCUUCCCUAUAGUUCACUUUAAAUGCUCCCAUUCCUUCCAUGAGCACUGUCUCCUAACCUCAAAUGGCCAGCAGCAGGACGGAGUCGGAGACUCUAACUAUAUUGUCUGUCCGCGUUGCUCCUCGGAGCUUGAUGCAAUGACCGUCCUGAAGAAACAGCAAGAAGAGGUGGGAAAUAAUAACGAUUUAUUUAAAGCCAGCUUGGAGGGAAGCAGUGAUAGAUUUAAGGUAAUGAUGGGAUUCUUGGGCAGAGGAGCCAUGCAGCCCACCAGCAUUGUAUAUGAAGGCUCAGAACCAACCACUACUGAUUAA